AUGUGGGAUUUAUUUUGCUUUCAUCCAUUUUGUGGAGAAACUAACACAACACAGCUGCUCUCCAAAGGUAAAUCAUAAAAUAUUAAAUUCACUUACAGUAAUGAACUGAUUUGUGAAUAAUUAGUUGUCGUUAAUUAGUAUAGAUAGAUAAAGAUUGCUGAAGGUCUGUACCUGCUUCAGCUUUUGCCGUAAAUCCUACAAAUACAUCAGUUACCAAUGGAAAUGUAUUGAAUUUUGUUUGUUAUUCUACAGUUACAAGGAAAAAAAUUUGGCACCAAAAACUGCAAAAUGUCUGUAAAUGUGCAAAAACGAAAGUGUUAUAUUCUGACUGAGAGACCACAUGGCCUGUGGAAGAUACUAGUCUCAGGUGUGUUUGGUGAGUCCGUGUCGGUGACGGAGGGAGAUUUGGUCACUUUACACACUGACGUGUUUGUCAAAGAUGAUCAAAUAGUGUGGACAUUUGGAGCUGAAAAGGCCGAAAUAGCUAAUAUAAAAAUAAUGAGGCAAAUAUUCUCCAUGUUUGAUGGUCCUGAUGGGAGAUUCAGAGACAGACUGAAGGUGGACAAUCAAACUGGAUCACUGAUCAUCCCAAACAUCAGAUCUGAACAUGCUGGAGAUUAUGAAGUGACCAUAAGUGGAAGUAAAUUUACAGCAAAAACAUUCAGAGUUUCUGUUAAUGCUCGCCUGCCUGUUCCUGUCAUUUUCAACUCUCCUCAAUGUUCUUCAUCUUCAUCAGUACAGUAUUGUUCAGUGUUGUGUUCAGUGGUGAAUGUGAGUGCUGUGAGUCUCUCCUGGUACAAAGGAAACAGUUUAUUGUCCAGCAUCAGUGUGUCUGAUCUCAGCAUCAGUCUCUCUCUACCUCUGGAGGUGGAAUAUCAGGAUAAAAACACCUACAGCUGCGUGAUCAACAACACUAUCAGCAACCAGACCACACAACUAGACACCAACACACUCUGGCAGCACUAUGAAGGUCCUCCAGGCUCAGGAUCUCUGCUAAUGUUGAUCUCUGCUGCUACUGCUGGAUCUCUGCUGAUUAUUUCUGCAGUUUGGAUCUUCUGCAUCUGCAGGAAACACAGAGAAACCAUUUCAGAAGCUGAGAUUCUAACAGAGGUCAUUUAUACGCUGUCGGAGUUCAACAAAAGCCGCGUACAUGAAUCAAGCAGUAGAAAGCAAGAGCAGGUGCUGUAUGCUCCAGUUACGAGUUGAAGAUGAACAUGGGAGCCAAAAACAUAUAUUGGAGAGAUGUUAGUUGAGAUAUCAAGAUUAUUGUAGUCUAUGGUUUUGGGAUUGACAAGAGAUGUAGAAUCUCCAGUUUUUAAAACAUGACAAAGAAAGGACUUGUGAUCCUUUUAAAAGAAGGGUUUUAACACAUUACCUAAAUAUAUGGCUCACUAUUUUGAUAGACAACUAAAACAUGUGUUUUACCUGAGGUAGAUUGAUGAAAAAGUUAAACGUAUGUGCAAAAGAAUGCACUCUUCUCAGUUAUUCUGUGCAUGCCUGUAGUGACACAUGGUUUGUUCUGCUGGACCAUUAGCUUCUGCAUGAGCUUGUGAAGGUGUGAUGUCGGAUUGUGAGAGUAUGUCUGUGUGAAAAUGCGGUUACCUUUUCCAUUCCUGCUCAAACACUUACUGAUACUGCUGAUGAGCUCAUGCUGUUUGAUCUCACUUAUUUCUGUUUGCCUUAGAAUUAUUGUAUAGAAAUAUGUGCUAUGUUUAAUUGGCAGUCAUAAUAGUUAUGGUGGCCUGUCAUGCUGAUAUCUGAUGGUUAUGUGGAAUUUAUUUUGCUUUCAUGUAUUUUGUGGAAAAACUAACUGUAACGAAAGCAAUGUGCUUCCUAAGGUAAAACAGAAAAAUGUAAACAUUCAUAUAAGGCUAUGAGCUGUUUUGCGAUUGAUCAUAUUCAGAAAAAUAAAAAAGUAUGAAAAAUCUAAUUUGGUCAAAUCCUAGCCUACAAAUAAAUCAAUUUAACAAUGGAAAUAUGACAAUGACUGUGAAUUCAAGAAAUAUGAGAAAAACAGUUUGAAACCAAAUACUGCAAGGCUGGAUUGAGGUGAAACUUGUUUUACAUUUGCACAUUCAACCAGUGAAAACAUGAGACAUGCUGUUUAACAUAAUGUUUACCAUGGUACUUUGAACAUUCAGUUUGAAAUAGACUUCUGAAAUGACUUCACAACGGUUUUAUAUUUGAAAUGAGCAAAAUAAAGAUGCGUUAUGGAUGUGACAA